AUGUCUUUAGUAAACGUUAUGCAUAGAUCAAACCGCAUACCGCGACGAAAUCAAGCUGUAGUUAACGAAUACUGUCAGAUAUUUAACAAAUAUUCCACAUCUGGUAACGGUAACCAGAUUAACGAGCAAUUUAAUUCGUUCUAUACUGAUGUCAAGUUACUAAUUGGAGCCUGCGAAUAUAGUGAUGCCGACGAAAUACUUCGGGACAAACUUGUUUUCGGGUCAACCAAUCAAGAUGCAAAAACUAAAUUAAUCAAAGAAGGGAACCCCAAGCUAGAUGAGGUGGUAAAAUCUCUAACAUUGGCAGACAUCACGGAUAUACAAGUUCAAAAUAUCUUAUCAACACAACCUAAUGUCCACUCUACCGUUACGAAACAAACAAGACCGAAAGCAAGGCCAAGUUUUAUCAAAAAGACUGACAUUUGUGAUAAGUGUGGUCUCACUCAUUUUAGUGUAGGAAAUUGUCCUGCAACCAAUAAGACAUGUGCAAAAUGCCAAAAAAGGAACCAUUUUGCAAAAAUGUGCCGAUCAACGCAAACGACUACAUACUCUCGCAAGCAAGUUCAUGAGAACAUCCUAGAGGACGACGAGGAGAAUUACUUUUGUGGUUCCAUUAUUCAAGCCAACGUAGAUUCUGUGGCGUGGAUGGAAACUGUCAACAUUGAAAAUAAAAUGGACGUCAUGUUCAAGCUGGAUCCAGGUGCGGAUGUUAACAUCAUACCAGUUCCCAUAUAUAAGAAGUUGAAGAAAGUGUUGCCGUCAAUAAGACUACAGGGUUGUACAGCACGUCUAGAAAGUUGGAACGGUUUCAAAACUAAUGUUGAAGGAAUCGUAUCUUUAAAAAUACAAAUAGGUAAAAAUUCAGGUUAUGAACGUUUUUAUGUCGCAGGUCAGGAACAGUCCAUUCCAAUUCUCAGCAGAGACACUUGUGUGAAGUUUAAGUUAGUUAAGCGGCACCAUGUGAAUGAAGCCAAGGUGCAUAUGUUAAAGGACGAUUUUGUUACUUAAGGAAGGUAGUAUUCCUACUUCAAAGCCACCACAUCGUGUGCCGAUCAAAAUUCAACCACAGUUAGAAGCUGAAUUACAAAAAUUAGUAAGUCUAGAUAUAAUAAGUAAAGUUGAUAA